AUGCCAGCCAUAAGCAACAAGGUGGUCAUCGUCGCGGUGUACCCCGAUCUCAGCAAGAAGCAACUCGAUGGCGACAUGGUCAUCCGCCGCGUCAACCAGUUCGUUGACGCCGUCCGACAGGAUGGCAUCAUCAUCAUCGACCGCAAGACAAGCACGAGAUGGUGCGUGUGCGCCGACCUACGAAAGUGCGUCGACCCUGAGGACUACUGCAGAAAGCUCACGGAUAUUUACGAGCGACACACCAAACGCAUCCAACUGCUCGAGGUCAAAUUCAAGCGUUUCUACAGCAUGGCGGCUCUUCACGAAGAGUUCGCCACAGCUACCAAGAGACCCGUCAGUACCUUUCGCAAGAUUUGGCGCCGUCGCCGAGACUGCCCCAACGACUGUCGCGGCCUCCUCCACCUCUAG